CUCGUGGGUUUAGAUAACAUUGUUACGGGUCUUAUUCCUCCAAAGCAAAGAGAAUCCACUUCUCUAAGAUUCAGCAACAGGAAGGAAAUUGGAUUUCCUUUACAAAGUCCCACCAUUAUUAUCAAAAUUUCUCAGGUCGUUGAAUAGAAAUAUUCUGAAAUGGGUUCGUUUUGUUGAUGGGUUUUGCAGCCCAAAGGCUGCUUCCAAAUGGGUAUUGAGGUUGUGCUUUGAUGGGUUUUGAUGAAUGGUGAAGAUUACUUUCAAUUGCUAGAAUUUGGCCCUUCUUAUAUUUGUUCACAAAUUGAUUGAUUAUUAUUUCUGGGUUUGAGAAAUUAGUCUCUGAACUCGGGGGAAAAAAAGGGUAAAAAAAAAAAGGCUUCACGAGUGUUGGUAUCUUGGAGACUUCAAAGCUGCAAAUUGUGACGGAAGAAAGUCUAUUUUUUUGUUGUGUUUCGGUUUCGGUUUCGAUUCUCUGGAAGUUGUUUCAACUAACUUUAUACUUUGGGAUAGCUUGUUACUCCAAAAACUUUAGAGGGGUUUUGCAUUCUAAGUUCAGGCAUUUUGUUUCUUGAUUUGUGGUUCAUGGGAAUUGUUGGCGCCAGGUUUUUGGUGCUGAGGAUCGAAACAAAUAGGAAACUUUGCUUGGUGGAGUUAGGGUAAUGUUUUGUGUGUGGAAAGGAGAGCAGAAAUGGAUUUCUUUCUUGUUGUGGCUGCUGCUGGUGCUGGAUAUUUGGCCAAGUAUUGGCAGAGCAUUCCGAGAGAUCGAGAUAGGGAUAGUUUAAAUUUGUUACAGUCGUCUUCUGGGGAUGCAAAUUUUAAGAAACCUGAAUCCCCAGGCUGUCCGUUACGUAGUUUGGAACGUAGAACGAAACUACGAGGCAAUGUAGCUAAAGAUAAGACGGGAUCUGACAAAUCACUUUCGGAUAUUAGCUCGUUAGAUGAUGCUUCAGGAACGGAAGUCGCUUCUACUAGUGGGACCUUGGAAACUUACCAGGAUUCAGAUAUACUUUCGGUAUCAAAUUUGCAGUCAGGAUUCUCAAGCAUUGAAAACCUUAAAAAUGACGAGGGUGGAAAUAGAUCAGCUGGUAAUGUUAGUGAUAACUGUGGUGAUUUAUCAUUCAACCCAUCUGCUGAAGAAGUGGAUUCUUUUAAUGAUUCAAUGAGGAAAAGAAGCCCUCUUAGAACUAAACUUUCUCACGCACAUUUUAUUAAACCAAUGAGUUCAUUGGAGAGUUGCCUUUUGGCUCAAUUAUACAAGGAACAUGCUGAAAUGGCAGAGUAUGUGCUUAGUUCCCUUCCAUCCCCAGCCACACCAACUAUGAGGACAUUGUUUGUGACGGAUGGAAGCCGAGUAAUCAGCCGUGCAUACAAUGAUUCUUUGAGUGCUCUAAUGGGAUCCAGGGAAAGUAAGCUGAAUAAGGAAGCCCGCUUAGAAAAAAAUGAAAAAAUAUACGGGGUUCCUCCACUGCCAAAAGUUGGGUAUUUGGACCCUACCAAGAAGAUGAAAGCCAAGACAGGAAAGGGGAAGAGAGGAGAAUUGAGCAGUUCUACUAAAAUGACCAACGGAAAAGACUUCCAUUCUCAAGGUUCACUUUAUGGAACAUUUUUAUUCUUUAUUGGGAUGUCCAUUGGCAUGCUAUCUUCUUUCAUGACGAGUAAAAGUGAAGUUGACAAGUUGAAGGAUUUGUUGAAGCAAACUGAGAACUUAGUUCAAGAUUUACAAGAGGAACUUGAGAUGAAAGAUUCCUUGACGGUGAAAGAGCUGGCUAAUGAGACUUAUGAAUCUCAGGGUGCAUGUGAUAAUUCCAUUUCUAAACUGGCCCUGAACAAAAUUCCCUCCGAACAAAAUAUUUACUGUUCUACCAGAGAGAGUGAAGAUUCUCAUUGUCAGAAAGCGAAUGAGAAUUCAGAAUCUAUAAGUAAAAUUGAAGCAGAGCUUGAAGCUGAACUAGAGAGGCUUGGCCUGAAUAUGAACGUAUCAACUCUGGAGAGAAGAUUGUCUGAAGUUGUUGAGCUUGACGCGGACUUUGAGGCGGACUUUGCUCAAGGCGAGUUGAGAGUUGACACGCUUGGAGGAGAAGUUGCCAAAUCCAAGUCGAAUGAAGAUGGGGCUAGCACCUCCACGACACAUCACUCGGGGAACCAUGCAGUUUCUCCGAGAGAGCUUAGCUUGCGCUUGCACGAGGUCAUUCAAUCAAGGCUUGAAGAACGUGUAAAUGAGCUUGAGAUAGCACUUCAGAACAGCCAGAGGAAGAUAAAAAUUAUGGAAUCUGGGCGUAAAAAUCGGGGAGAGUUCUCGAACGGUCGACUAAGAUAUUUGUCAUCGCAGGAAAGUCCAAUUGCUAGAGAAGAUUAUAAUUCCAUGUCUCACCCACCUCUAGUCAUUAAUUUAUCAGGGGAAGCUAUCGAUGCUUACAAUGAGGCUCAUGAAGAGCUGAUGAAGAUGAGUGACUCAGAAGAAGAAGAUUCACCUCGCGGGAUCUAUGAAGACAUUCAUUACUCUCACUCCGCAAUCCCCGAGGAAAAGUCACUAGGUGAAUUGUUUCCCAACAGUUUAAGAAUGCAGGAAGAACACAUCUCCUUGGUUCUCGGAUCAAAUGACACCUCCAACAGUGGGGACGAGAUUAGUGAUUGCAAGGAUGAGAUGGAAAAGGAAUUGAUAAAGCAGAUUGUGGAGAGAACCAAGAAAGGCUCUCCUGUAGUUUUGAAUGCACAAAGGCUGCUGUUUUCAAUGGAUGAAAAUGAGCUUUUAAACGAAAAGAAGUUUUGAUUUUUGCAAUCUAAUGUACAUAGAUCUCUCUUUAUUUUGAUGUACUCUAUUAUUUGCCGCAAUUGUAUUUUUGGUCCUUCAGAGCUUCUACAGAAACUUUUUCAAGACUUUUGAUUCAUAUAAA